AUGAAUCCGCUCAAAUUGAAUGCCGAGGUGCUACCCACACAACAAACGCAAACACUGACGAUCACCGGUCAUCAACCAUCAACUUCAAAGGCUUCAAAGGCUUUCUCAAUUAAUAGUGGCUCUGAUUCGUGUGAAGAAUCGUGUUUGGGUUAUUCGGAAGAAGACGAAGAAUGCCCAGCAUUGGAUCAACGACAUUUGAAUCUAGUUCAUGAGGAAUUGGAAAAGUUGAACAUUGCCACAGAUGUUAUUAAUAAACUUGAAGUACAAUUGGAUGCAGCAAGAGCAUCGUUUAGAGAAAUCCAAACGACAUGGUCGGAAAAGCUGAAAGAACUCAGCAAGAAAUAUGGCUCUGCAAUCGCUAAGGCUCGUCCAUUCUACGAGAUGAAGAAACAGGAAAAUGAUCUCCGCAAAGAGUCGAUGAAAGCUGCAAUCCGUUUCGAAAAAGCAACCGGUGUACUUGCAAUCGCUAAAGAACAAGUGAAGCUCUGCCAAGACAGUUUGGCUAGACAAACGAUGAGUGUACAUCCGGAAUGUUUAGAGGUGUUAAAUCAUCACAUUCAACGGGUAAAUGAGGCAGAAGAGGAGCGACAAACGGCUGAAGAUCGACACAGAGCGAUCGCUGAACAAAUGUUGGCAUUGAAUCAGAGGAUCGUGAAAAUGGAGAAAGAGCAUCGAUCAGCAAUCAAGAAAUCUCGACAAUAUUUUGAACAAGGAUUGGAAUUCACCCGGAUCUUGGAACAACAAAAAGCCUAUAUUCUGAGAUUGGAGGCUGAGGUUCGACAAAAGAAACAAGACUACACAACAUCAUUGAGAAAUCUUGAGAAAAUCUCUGAUUCAAUUCAUGAACAGAGGAGUUUGGGCAGUGCGAGAAGUCUUUCAACGGCUGCUCUCACUCCAUUAGAUCCACCCGCAAAUCCCCCUCCAUAUCACCCGACCGCUCCACCGCCGUAUGAAGAAAAUGGAGACGAUCGCUACAGAAUCCCCACAGCUGAACAGGACGAAGCUGUCAAUUCGGUUUUCUCAAUCAUACAAGAGGAAAAGGAAUGGGAAAAAGAGACGAGAGGGAUUGGAUCUGGAGUCAUCCUCUUGGCACAGCAAUUGAUUGGAGGAGGCAAUUCAGCACAUUCAAGUCCAUCGAAUACCAUUCAAAGACUCAAACUAAGCAGCUCGCAAGAAGACAUUUCUUACAAAACUCUUCCGGAGGGAAUGCCAUCAAGUUCAUGUGAUUCAGAGAGAUCUGAUGAUGGAGAAGGAGAAUCCGAAAUCUCAUCUCUAUCAUCUUAUCGAACAUCAAAUCUGAACACUGAUGAAGAGGGAUUAAGGCAAAUGCUGAGAUCGCAUUCGUCGUUGAUUCGAGAGAUUGACAGCCACGCGACUCGCAUAGAAACGAUGUUGAAGAGAUCGGCGAGUGAUACAGAUGAGAGUGGAGUUGGAAGUAGUCAU